GCAGCAGCACCAUGCGACUAUGGCUGAGAAGUCUGCUCCUCCAGAGCCUGAGAAGUUCCCGAGGAUUCUGUGGGCCUCCAGGGCGGCCACCCCCCUCACCUGUCCCUUCCGAGAUGGUGGCCACCUGGGAAGCCAUCAGUCUGGGGAGGCAGCCGGUGCCUGAGUACUUCAACUUUGCCCAUGAUGUGCUGGAUGUGUGGAGCCAGAUGGAAAAGGAUGGACACCGGCCUCCAAACCCUGCAUUCUGGUGGGUUGAUGGCCUGGGAACAGAGGUCAAGUGGAGCUUUGAGGAACUGGGGAAGCAGUCCAGGAAGGCGGCCAACGUGCUGCAGGGCGUGUGUAGCCUGCAGCCUGGGGACAGGAUGAUGCUGGUGCUCCCUCGGAUCCCAGAGUGGUGGCUGGUGAGUGUGGCGUGCAUGCGGACAGGGGCCGUCAUGAUCCCUGGUGUCUCUCAGCUGACGGAGAAGGACCUCAAGUACCGGCUGCAGGUAUCCAGGGCCAAGAUCAUUAUCACCAGUGACUCCUUGGUUCCUCGGGUGGACGCCAUUAGUGCUGACUGCCCCUCCCUCCAGACCAAGCUGUUGGUAUCAGAUAGCAAUCGAUCUGGCUGGCUGAAUUUCAGAGAACUCCUCCGAGAAGCCUCCACAGAGCACAACUGCGUGAGGACCAAGAGUGGAGACCCACUGGCGAUCUACUUUACCAGUGGCACCACCGGAGCUCCCAAGAUGGCCGAGCACACCCAGGGCAGCUACAGUCUGGGUUUUGUGGCCAGUGGAAGGAGGUGGGUGGCCUUGACCGACUCAGACAUUUUCUGGAACACAACUGACACUGGCUGGGUGAAGGCGGCCUGGACCCUCUUUUCUGCAUGGCCCCAUGGGUCUUGCAUCUUUGUGCAUGAACUGCCCCGUGUGGAUGUCAAAGUUAUUCUGAAGACUCUCGCCCGGUUUCCUAUUACCACUCUCUGCUGUGUUCCCACCAUCUUCCGGCUGCUUGUGCAGGAGGAUUUGACCAGGUACCAGUUUCAGAGUCUGAAGCACUGCGUGACGGGAGGGGAAUUCCUCAAUCCUGACGUGAGGGAGAAGUGGAAGAGCCAGACGGGCCUGGAGCUAUAUGAAGGUUACGGCCAGUCUGAAACAGUUGUGAUCUGUGCCAAUACAAAAGGGGAGAACAUCAAAUCUGGCUCCAUGGGGAAAGCAUCCCCACCUUAUGAUGUGCAGAUUGUAGACGACGAGGGCAACAUCCUGCCUCAGGGAGAAGAGGGGAAUGUUGGUGUUCGCAUCAGACCCACCCGGCCCUUCUGUUUCUUCAGUUGCUAUUUGAACAAUCCCGAGAAGACGGCUGCCGCAGAACGGGGCAGCUUUUACAUCACAGGGGACCGAGCCCACAUGGACAAGGAUGGUUACUUUUGGUUCAUGGGAAGAAAUGACGACGUGAUCAAUUCCUCUGGCUACAGAAUUGGACCCGUUGACGUAGAAAGUGCCCUUGCUGAGCACCCAGCUGUCCUGGAGUCUGCUGUGGUCAGCAGUCCCGACCCCAUCAGAGGGGAGGUGGUAAAGGCAUUUAUAGUCCUUUCUCCAGGCUACACUUCUCGUGAUCCAGAAGAACUGAUCCAGGAACUCCAGGAGCACGUGAAAAGAGUGACAGCGCCAUAUAAAUACCCCAGGAAGGUGGCCUUUGUCUCAGAACUGCCAAAGACAGUUUCUGGAAAGAUCCAAAGGAGUAAAUUGCGAAAUCAAGAGUGGGGAAGAUGAGGUGCAACUCCAGAGAGACCCCAGAAGCCCCUAAAAGUUCCAAGAGAGAUUAGUGGGAUCACUGGUUGGCCUCCUGCUUGAAGCAUCUUCCUCUCAAUCCUAUGGACACCAAGGCUUUCAGCUUCCAAUUGGGGAUCUCCAGAGUCACUGAAUGAUCCUGGAAGCAAACAGAAGAAAAUUGCUGAUCCAGAGUGCAUGGCCACAUCUAGUCUAGCCACUGCUUGACGCCUCCUCUGUCUAGAGACACAUUGAACAUGUUCUCACUGGUCUUAUUUAAUAAGGACUCCCUGCUGUCUCUCUGUAGCACAGGUUCCCAUAAAUGCUGGACCCUUGUGAUUUUAUGCACUGCUAAUAGAAGUAUAAGAGUUGGGACUUUUUGAUGAAGCCCUUUGGUAAUAUAAUCCUGGGACAUGGUCAUACCCUUUAGCCCAGAAAUUCCAUCUUUCGAAAGCACUGCAGGGAAGGAAUUCAAAAUGCACAACCUCAAAGCAUGCUUAGACUUCUGAAAAAGGGGUGGGGAUAAAUGAUUAACUAAAUUGUAGUAUAUUAAGUCAAUAACAUAUUAUGGACCACUAAAAUAUUUAAGGGGAAAUUAUUGUCCCUUGGGGAAGGCAUACACUAUGCUCAUUUUUAAAAUCAGAGUAGAAACUCUACAUACAUCCUGGCGAACCAUAGCUCUGGAAAAUAAGAAAAAACUGUAACUGGAAAAAUGACUGAAAGGUUACAAAAAACAAAAAAAAUGUUAGCUGUAAUUUUAGCUGUAAUUUUCCUGAGACUGAGGAAGUGAAAAAGGUAAAUAAGAUUUUUCCUCUUUAUUUUGUUUUCUAAAAUUUUUUACUUAAGUAUAGAAAAUAAUACUUCAAAUAAAACAUCUCCUAGAAUCAC